GUUUAUCAAAAUGGUGGUCUGUCGUUAGUGUUGAUAGCUUUCAAAUCAGCUAUUUUCUAAAGUUAAGUUUAUGUUGAACAUGAGAUGUACAUGGGUUCUUUAUAUAACCCUUUGUUGCAUAUCCUGAUGAGGCGGGAAAUCAAGCUUUCACAGCAGUGUCCAUUAACUAUUGUCGUUACCAUCAAUUUGGGAACAUUUCUUUGCUGUAACUAGUGACACAUCAUAUUGUAUGGCUAUUUUCAUAAUUCUGCAUUACAAUUCGAAAAAUGUUGAACUUAACAGUCAAAAUUGUAAUUUUCUUUCAGAUAUUGCUUACCCAUGGAUAAUUCUCAGAAGCUGUUAAAUAUCCUAUUAGAGUCUUUCUCACAAAUAAAAGAUCUUGUGAGUAAUACAGAAGAUAUCGAAAAAUGUACAAAGGAAAUCACUGAAAAUGGAUCCAUGUUGAGAGAUGUGAUAGAGAGCUCUAAAACUCUGGUGGAUAAACUCUUUGAACACUCUGACAAUCUUAAAAAAUCAUUUUACAAAGUUUAUGCUGUACUUGGAAAACCUGAUGAUCACGUCAUAGAAGAUGUUCCUGUGAAAGAUGAUGCAAAUGUUAUUGAAGCAGGCAAAAAACAAACAUUGAAUGGCUACAAACCUGGUGAAGAAACUAGAGAGACUACAUCAUCAGAUGUACAAAAUGAUCCAAGCAUACAAGAAAAAGAAGUAAUAUUACAAGAACAUGUUGACAAUGUUGAUAUUGCUGAGGACAAGAGUGAAAAUGAAAAGCCCCAUGACUUAAAAGAAACUAAUACUGAAUUAGUAGAUCCUGAUGCCACAUUACUGAUUGAGACCAAUUUGGAGAAUAAGUGCCCAGAAACAGAAGAACAUUCUGAAAAUGAGUUAGAUGAAGAUAAUGAAAAUGAGGAAAAUGAUUCUGAAGCCCCUAAAUCUCUUAUAAGAGUUAUUGACCUCAACAAGCUCAUUGAUCCAAAACCAAAGAAAUCUGUGAAAUUUGACAGUUCUGUUAUAAUAUUGACUAGCUCAGAUGAGGAUUCUUCAAGUCCAUCAAAAAGAAAGAGCAAUUCUACUGAGCAACACAAUAAAUUAAGGUCGGCUCUGAAAAAUUCAUCACCUAAAAAUAAAAAUGAAACUGAUUCUGAUAGCACCAAAUCUAAACAUGAAAUACUAAAUAAGAAGAAAGAUGAUUCAUUGACAGAUAUGAAUAAAGUAAAAAAAGAAAAAUGUACAAAAACAUCUGAGUCUGAAAAGGAAAAUUCUAAUUCUGAUUCAGAGAAAAAUGAGAAUAAAAUGAAAAAUAAGGUUGGUAUAAAACAAAUAGAAAAUCAUGAAUCAGAUCCAGAUACUGGGGUCACUGAGAAAAGCAAAGCAGUUACAAGCAAACAUAAAAGUAAUUCUGAUUCUGAAAAUGAGGAUAAUGAUUCUGGUAAAAGAAGUGAUUCUGAACAUAGUGAUUCAGCAGUUCAAUCAAGAAAGUCCAAGAGAUUGAGAAAUAUUAAUAAGCAACAUUUGCAGAAAAGGGAAAAACUAAAGAAAAUUUUUAGAAGAAAUUCUGAUAAAUCUUUCAGCAUUGCUGAGAACUCUAAAAAAUUGAAUGAUCAGAAAGCACCAAUGAAGAGAAAUUCUAAAAAAAAAUUGGAUAUAGUUGAAGUCUUAACUGAUACAUCUAGUCUAUCAGAUGAUAUUGAUAAAGUGGAGCAGAAUACCACCACAGCAACAAAGAGUAGCAAGAAAAAAUCUAGGAAUAAUGCAUCUGUUGAUGAAGAGAGUGAUGACAAGUUUGGAAGGAAAGUGUAUGUCCCAUUACCUUUAAUUGAAUGUGAAAAGCUGAAGGAGGUCUAUUUCAGAAAUAAAGAAAUUUUAGAGAUCAGAAGUUUGACAAGACUAGGCUCAAUAAGAAGGGCAAAAAGAAUACACAGAAGAGAUUCAAAAUCAUCAAGUGAUAGUGAAAAACCAAAAACCAAGAAAUCUAAGAACAAGAAAACCAUUGUAGCUGAAGCUGAUAGCUCUGAUGAAAAGGAAGGGGAUAGUUCUGAUGAUGAACCACUUGCAAAGAAAAUUGUUCCAGAAGAUACAACAGAACCUGUUGCUGGUGCUGAUGGUGAUGAAAUUAUAGCUGACAUUGCUAUGGAACAGUCUAAGUCUGCUGAUGAUGAUGAUAUGUCUAAGGAUAGCUCUGACGAGGAAAAUACUGAUUCCAUUAAAUCCACAAAGAAGACUGAAAAGAAAACAAUUGAUUCGAAACAAGACAAGGAGAAAUCUAAGGGGCUACUGGGUGAAGAUUCUGUGGAAUCCUCCAAGGAUGAUACAACAAUUGAUGAAACUGCCAAAGAAUUAUCAAAAAAGCAAGUUCAAGAUAAGGAUUUAUCAGAAAGUGAAACUUCCGUGGAAGACAAAAAAACUGAUGGAGGAGAUGAUGUGACACAAGAUAGUGAAAAGGAGAAGAAAAAGAAGAAAGAUUGGAAAAAAGAUAAAUUACUCACUGAGAAGCUCGACAGCACUGAUUCAGAGGGAGAGUUCAGUAAAUACUGCACAAAGAAAGAUAAAUCUAAAUCGGAAAUUAUGAGUGAUGAAGAGAUUCAACCUUCAAAGAUCCAGAAGAGGAAAGCUAGGAAGAGAGUUGUUGUAGACUCUGAUGACUCUGAUGAACAAGAUAAAAGAGAUAAAAAAGAAAAGAAACGGAGCGAAAGCAGCAAUGAAAGUAGCCAAGAUGAGGAUAAAAAGUCCAGUUCAAAUAGUGAAAGUGAAGAAGAUGAAGAAAAGAAAGAUGACGUAAAAAAAAAACCGUCAAGGCGAAGGAUAAAAAGAACCAAAGACGAUAGCAGCAGUAGCGACGAUGAUAAAUCGACAAGAAAACAGAUCAGGAAGGUUCUAGAUAGAGAUUCCUUAUCGGAAACAACAAAAAAAGCAGAGGCUCAAGAAAAAGAACGCAAGGCCCGUAUUGCUGAGAAACAGAAGAAGUAUAACUGUUACUUCGAAGAAAAAAUGGAUGCCACAAUCGAAAAGCUCGUUUUGGAAUAUGAUGAUGAAACGAAGGAUGAAGUACUCACAGUGAAUAAGAAAAUUGCGAAAAAGUUGAAGCCACAUCAAGCAAAUGGAAUACAGUUUAUGUGGGAUGCAUGUUUUGAAUCCUUGAAAAGGGCAACAAAAACAUCAGGUUCGGGAUGCAUCUUAGCUCACUGUAUGGGUUUAGGAAAAACUCUGCAGGUCGUUGCCCUAACACAUACACUGCUGAAAAACAAUGAACAAACUAAAGUGAAUAAAGUCAUGGUGGUUUGUCCUUUGAAUACAGUAUUGAAUUGGAAAAAUGAGUUCAAAAAGUGGGUUCCAAGUAAUGCUGCAGUAGACGUGUACGAAUUGAUAACUUCUAAAAAAAAUUACGAAAAACAGUAUGUCGUAAAAGAGUGGCAUGAAGAAGGAGGAGUUCUGAUAAUAGGUUAUCAGAUGUUCAGGAAUCUCAGUAAUCCUGAUAAUAAAAGGAUUAGUAAGAAAACGAGAAUGAUUUUCUAUGAAGGGAUGGUGGAUCCAGGCCCAGAUCUGGUUGUCUGUGAUGAAGGCCAUCUACUGAAAAAUGAAAAAACCAGUCUCACUAUCGCAAUGAACCGAAUCAAAACUGCACGUAGAAUUGUCCUCACUGGUACUCCCCUACAGAACAAUCUGAAAGAAUACUGGUGCAUGGUACAAUUCAUAAAACCAAAUCUACUCGGUACUUACAAGGAAUACCUCAACAGAUUCGUGAAUCCGAUUAUCAACGGGCAGUAUACAGAUUCAACCCAACAUGAUAUACUUCUAAUGAGAAAAAGAUCUCACGUGCUGCACAAACUUCUUGAUGGUGUAGUGCAACGUAGAGACUAUGCCGUUUUAGAACCUUACCUGCCCCCUAAAUUUGAAUACGUCUUGUUCGUUAAUCUGACAGAAACUCAGGUGAAACUAUACAAGCAUUACAUGGAUAGAUACGCUAGACAAAAUGACGGUUCCAACAGGACAUCAUUUUUAUUCACGGAUUUUCAACAGUUGCAAAGAAUUUGUACACAUCCGAGAGUUUUGAAAGACAAGAGUAGUGAAAGAAGAGAGAAGGACUAUGACGACGAAGAAGAAUCUGAAGGCUCAUUGAAGGACUUCAUUGAUGACGGUGACGCCACUUCCGAAGAAUCUGCCAAAUCGACUAGUUCCGGUUCGAGCGAUGAAGAAAAUGGUGAUAGUACCAAAAAGAACAAAAGCAAGAGCAAGUCAACCCAAAAAGUGAGAGUCACCCGUGCACAGGCGGCUCAAAGGAGAGAUAAUAACGAAGAUAGUGACCCUGAACUCGUCGAAAUAAAAAAGGAGUGGUGGCAGGACUAUUGUGAUGGUGAUGAACUGGACAAUAUCAAUAACAGUGGUAAAUUGAUCCUGUUAUUCGAAAUCCUCAGAGAAUGCGAGGAAAUUGGCGACAAAAUUCUAGUAUUCUCACAGUCCCUUUACACAUUGAACUGCAUAGAACACUUUCUCGAAAAAAUAGACGAAGCAACCCAAGAAGGCAAUAGCGACAAAGUGGGAGGCCACAAAGGCUCUUGGGCACUAGGACUUGACUAUUUCAGACUGGACGGUUCGUCCAGCUCAGAGAACAGAUCCAUCUGGUGCGAUACGUUCAACAAUCCAAAUAACUUGAGAUCUAGGCUGUUUCUCAUUUCGACGAAGGCGGGAGGUUUGGGAAUAAAUCUUGUAGCAGCAAACAGAGUCAUCAUUUUCGACGUGUCCUGGAAUCCAUCGCACGACGUUCAAAGUAUUUACAGGGUGUAUCGAUUCGGUCAGACUAAGCCGUCCUACAUUUAUCGGUUCGUUACGUACGGCACCAUGGAAAUGAAAAUUUACGAGCGGCAAGUCACCAAGCAGGCCAUAUCGAAGAGAGUGAUAGACGAACAGCAAAUCGACAGACACUACAACCAAAACGACCUCCAAGAGUUGUACAAAUGCGACUUGGAACCGACGGACAGGCCCAUACCAAUGGUGCCUAAAGACGUACUGCUGGGUGAAUUGUUACAAAAGCACGAGAAUCGCAUCUACAAAUACCACUUGCACCAGUCUCUGUUGGAGAAUAAGGAGGCGGAAGGUCUCAAUGAAGAAGAAAGAAAAGCGGCUUGGGACGAGUUUGAAAACGAGAAAGUUAUUCGUAAAUACAAUUAUGGUACCAAUAUACCUAACUUGAAUCCAGGCAUGAGUGCACAAGCAAUAGCUGGUGCCUUGACGAAUAUCGUUAGGAAAGAUAACCCUAAUUGGUCAGAAGUGCAAAUUAAAGGCAUUAUCCCAGCUCUAGUCCAGCAGUUGCAGGUUCAAUUGCAGGAGAAUGAUACCACAAUGUAUAAUCGUGUCUUACAAGAAAUUCAACUCAUGCGUAUGGAGAAAAUGAGGGAAGCUUACUAUCAGAAUCAAAUGAUGAGGAUGAUACAGCACCAGCAAAAACAAAAUGCGAUGGCAGGAAAUUUGAACGUGAAUCCAGUGCGAUUGGCCCAAUUUUUGACCCAGAGACCUACAAAUUACUUUGGUGAACCGAGUUCUGCAAAUCCAAACCUCAGGCAGAAUGAUGUAAUAGAAUUGAAUGACUGAACAAAACAUGUAUCCGAUAUUUAUUUAUGUGCAGUUUCUUCGUUUAGAUUCAACUUAUAAUCACAGUCUCUUGACUUGUAAAUAUAGAGUAAGUGAAUUUUAUCUAAAUAUGUUUUGUUACACUCUCUUUUCUGUGAUUCGGAUUCUUAUUUAGUUAUGAAAUAUAUACAUUACGGUUCUGUAUGUUUUGUAAAUACAUUUUUAAUC